AUGUAUUUCCAGUCACCUCUUUCAAAAGUCAAUGGUUCGCUUGCCACGAAUAUGACAUCCUGCGAUCUGUUUAACCGCUCCAUCUUGAAUAACCCUGGCUGGUAUUCAAAGAAUCUCGAUCCCGUACUGAAAUGCAAUGAGGCGGCCUCGUCUGUCUUUGACGUGAUGUACCUGCUCACAACAAUCGAUUCUCCAUCUGUAGCUGCAAAGUUCAACAAUGACGGUUCUGUUGUCACCUCUAGCUGCCAAUUCUUUACAAGCUCAAUGGUUUUCAAUAUGGCUGUCUUGAGCACAACAUGGGAAAACACUGUUUCUUUAUCUUCGGGAUCGUAUCCCAUCUUGUCCAAGGUAUCAAGAAACAAUGCAAAACAGCAUUCCGAAUCUGUUGAGCCUUGUAUAAGAAGAAAAUACUUGUCUUCCAAAUGGUUGAUUAAUUUUUUCUUGAUCUUGUCAAAACACGAAAUACCACCAUUGUGCAUAAACAUGAGCUUACCGAAACUGAAUGGGUGGCAAUUGGUUUCUGACAAAACACCCUGUGUUGAAGCUCGAACGUGGCCAAAGACCAAUGAUGACUCUGUACAAUGUGAAAGGUUGUUUAGAUUAACAUUAUUCCAUGCAGGUGUGAUUGCUUUGAAUACACAAGGCUCGUGGUGCUCUGUGUAG